GCUCCCCGGGCUCGAUCACGUGACCGGCCCCUCGGGAGGGGAGGGGCGAACGGAAGCGAGAGGGGCGGGGCGCUGGGAGACUGUUGGCGUCAUCAAGAUGCGUCGGGCUAGUUGUGGCGCUUAGUGUUUCAGGAGUGUCCAGCUUGCGGUGAAAUGGCUGGGGCUGAGGCUCUGGUCUGGAUCCGCGGCCCCGGCUUCGGCUGCAGGGCGGUGCGGUGUGCCUCGGCUAGGUGCUCCGUCCAGGAUUUCGUCCUCCGAUACUGCCAAGAUCAGGAUGUUCCGGUGGAAUACUUCUUUGUGAAAUGCAAUGGAGCACUCAUUAAUACCUGUGAUACAGUGCAGCAUGAAGCUGUUUAUAGUUUGGAACCCAGGCUUCUUGGUGGAAAAGGAGGUUUUGGAUCUAUGCUCCGAGCACUUGGUGCUCAGAUUGAGAAGACAACCAAUAGAGAAGCUUGCCGGGAUCUCAGUGGAAGGAGACUUAGAGAUGUCAAUCACGAAAAAGCAAUGGCUGAAUGGGUAAAACAACAAGCAGAGCGAGAGGCUGAAAAGGAGCAAAGACGGCUGGAGCGACUGCAGCGGAAGCUUACAGAACCUAAGCACUGCUUCACUAGCCCCGACUACCAGCAGCAGUGCCAUGAAAUGGCUGAGCGUUUGGAGGACUCUGUCCUCAAAGGUGAGAAUGAAGAUUCCUUAGUGUUUGGUGUGGAAGGACUAGAGACUGCAGUGGGGUCCAGUUCUGAGAGCUCAGAUGAUGACAGAGAAGAAACACCUAGUACCUCAGAAAGGAGCAUCCAUGGUCUAAAAAACGUCAGUGAUAGCGCUGAGAUGGCAGCCAAAUUUCCCAGUAGUUCUCAGAGGGUAGAAGUAGUGAAUUCAGCCUUUGGAUCACCAGAAAAACUGCAAAUUCCAGAGAUUGCCUCUACAAAAGAUAGUUUAGAAGACUCAUUUGCUGAAUUGGGAGAGACAUCUACCAAGGAGCACGUGGACAGCAAGAUGGUUUUAGAAACGGAAGAGAUCCGAGAGAGAAAGAAGGCAGAGGGUAAAGAACCUAUAGAAGAGGGAGCAGUUGGGGCUGGACUGAAAAAGGAUAAAGAGACAAAAGAAAGGACUGAUGGGGAAACAGCUGGCAAGGUAGCACCUGGAGAAGAUAGAGAGAAAGCUCCUGUUGCCAAACUGGAGGAAAACCAGCCUGGAAACACAAUUAUUGGUAAGGAAACUAUAGAUUUGUUGGCAUUCAACUCUGUUGCAGAACUGGAACUGCUGGGUUUUGAGAAGCUCAAGUGUGAACUGAUGGCCCGUGGACUGAAAUGUGGGGGAACUCUACAGGAGCGAGCAGCAAGACUCUUCUCUAUCAGAGGAGUGGCAAAGGAACAGAUUGACCCAGCUUUGUUUGCCAAGCCUUUGAAAGGGAAGAAGAAAUGAAUUCCAUCAGAGCUGAUUUCUUAUUUCUUUGUAUACCAGCAUUUAUAAUCUGAAUAAUGUAGGCCCUUAGCCUAUAUUCCUUUUGAUUUUAAAAGCUAACUUUUUAAUGAUCUAAUUCUAACUAUUCUACUUUUCGUUUAAUAAAUCAUUUAAAUAAUUAAUGUGUC